CUUUCCCGCGCUUCAGCCUGACAGGAAAAUCAGCGCGGCUUCUUCACUGAGAUUUAAAAUAAAUAAAUAAAUAAAUAAAUAAAGAGAAAUGCUGAAGAAAUGGAAGAACUAGAACAUUCCAGCAGUUUUCAUCAACAUUCUUCUGCUUGACCGGAGACAUGUGAGUCAGUUUUGUCCAUUCUGGACGUCUUUUUUGUGGAGAAAUGUAGUUAUGAUGUUCUGACAGGAUUAGUGUAAUGUAAUGUAGGAUUUCACUGAUAAAAGAGGGAAAAAACACUGAAUAUUCUCGAAAUGUCUGGAGGUUUUGGAGAUUUCUCUCACCUCUGUAAGAUAAAACUGUCAGUGGAUAAAGACGACUUUAUACAUGUCUGUGAGUGUCUGUUAGGCUUGGGACGACAUGGUGAGGGAAAAGGAACGAAUUAACAAAUUAUAGCAAUUUCAAAAAAGUUCUUCAGUGACUUUUCAUCAUGGACGUGAUGUGGACGAACCUGUCCAACUGUUCAUCAAACUGUACAUGGGAUGCUAACCUUUAUAUUUCGACGCCCCCCCUUGCCAUCUUCCCCGUCCCGGUCCUCAUUGGUGUGACGGUCACCUGCGUGCUCUUCUUCCUGGCGGGAGUGGCGGGAAAUUUGACCACCAUCAUGGUGGUGUUCAAGUACAAAGAGAUGCGCACCACGACCAACCUGUACUUGUCCAGCAUGGCGUUCUCGGACCUGCUGAUCUUCCUGUGCCUUCCGCUGGACCUGUACCGGAUGUGGCGCUACCGGCCGUGGAUGUUAGGGAACGCCCUGUGCAAACUCUUCCAGUUUGUCAGCGAGUGCUGCACCUACUCCACCAUCUUGAACAUGACGGCGCUGAGUGCCGAGCGAUACUUCGCCAUCUGCUUCCCGCUCAGGGCCAAAGUAGCAGUGACCAAGCGACGUGUACGUGGACUCAUCCUCACCCUCUGGACCGUGGCUUUGUGCAGCGCCGGACCUGUGUUCGUGCUGGUGGGCGUGGAGCACGAGAACGGCACGGACUGGCGGGAGACCAGCGAGUGCAAGGCCACGGAGUACGGCGCGCGGACAGGCCUGCUGAGCGCCAUGGUGUGGGUCUCCAGCGGGUUCUUCCUGCUGCCGGUCUUCUGCCUGACCGUGCUGUACGGACUGAUCGGCCGCAAACUCUGGAGGAGGAAGAGGAGGAGGAGGGAUAGGAUGAAGAGCAGGGACAGCAGCAACAGGCAGACCAUCAAGAUGCUUGCCGUGAUGGUGUUCGCCUUCGUCCUGUGCUGGCUCCCGUUCCACGUGGGUCGUUACUUGUUCUCGGCGUCACCCGAGGCAUUUGCGUCCCCGCUGUGGUCUCUGAUCGCUCAGUACUGCAGCCUGGUCUCCUUUGUACUCUUCUACCUCAGUGCCGCCAUUAACCCCAUCCUCUACAACGCCAUGUCGAAGAAGUACAGGGACGCCACGCUGCGCCUCUUCAGCCAUGGCUCACCGAGCUUCACCGAAUCCAGCAUCAGCUGCUGAUACCGAACACACUUCUAGCAUAAUAUCAGCAUGAUGAAAUAGCAUGAUUAGGGACGUUUGAGAAACGUUGCCACCUCACAGCUCCAGGGUUCAAGCCUAGCCUCAGGUUACACUCUGCUUUUCUCCAAGAGCAAUUAGGUAUCCUAAACUGCCCCUAAUUGCGGAUAUUUGUGGGUGUGUUUCCCUGAUAUGAAUUCACAUCCCAUUCCUGACGUAUUCUCAGUAACAUGACCAGCAGCCCUGUGUGCUUUACUUGAGAGAGAAUAAAGAAAGGCCUGGUGAGGGAACAUCUGUUUGUAGCUGCUAUAACAGGAACUGAUUUGUGUUAUCGAUGUUCCACAACAAAAACUGCUGUGGUAUAAGGGGAAUAAAACACUUGCAGGCAUAAAUAAUCCACUUCACACCACCUCAUCACUCAUCACACCACAUUUACUGUAACAAUACUACACUUUAUUAUUGAAAUAAUUUAGCAACAACUGCUAAUGAAAAUGUUCUUUAUUUGCUGCUUCUAUGCUUUUUUUUAUGUAUUUUUUAAAUACCUAAUUUCUGAAACACUUGUCUCUGUGAGUAAAAUAUUUAUUGUUACAAAAUAUAUAAAACAUUUCUCUUUUUUUAUUUAUAGAAACGUAAUUCUGUAAUACCACAAGGUGUACUGUCACACCAUGACAUCAUCCCACUCCUAAUGCACACACACACACACACUCUUAUACUGUACAUAAAGGGGAAAAUGUAAUGUUGCCUUAAAUUAAACACAAAUCACGGGGACAGAGUAACUGUAGAAACCACAGCAUUGCUUCGCUUCACACCUUAUGAAGGGAAACGUGAGAGUGACGCACUUUAUUUACCAACAAACUUCACAACCAUGGUUUCUUUUAUUUUAUUCUUUCAAAACUGUAUGCACUCUAUGCUCUUUUUAAACAUGUGAGUAAAUAAAUAUAUAAAUAAAUAAAAAUAGAUCAAAUUACAUUUUCCUUUAAACAUUGGUAUUGGAAAAACACUGAACUUAAACUAUAUUGCCAAAAGUAUUGGGAUCAUUGAGUUCAGGGGUUGGGCUCCGCCCCUUAGUUCCAGUGAAAGGAACUCUUAAUGCUUCAGCUUCAUACCAAGACAUUUUGGACAAUUCCAUGCUCCCAACUUUGUGGGAACAGUUUGGGGAUGACCCCUUCCUGUUCCAACAUGACUGCACACCACUGACCAAAGCAAGGUCCAUAAAGACAUGGAUGAGUGAGUUUGGUGUGAAGGAGCUUGACUGUCCUGCACAGAGUCCUGACCUCAACGCCAUAGAACACCUUUGGGAUGAAUUAGAGUGGAGACUGUGAGCCAGACCUUCUCGUCCAACAUCAGUGCCUGACCUCACAAAUGCGCUUCUAGAGGAAUGAAAUGAAACUGAAAUGGAUGAAAGCAUGAAAUUGUCCAAAUUGUCUUGGUAUGAAGCUGAAGCAUUAAGAGUUCCUUUCACUGGAAGGGGCUGAGCCCAACCCCUAAAAAAUAACACCUGAAUUCAAUGAUUUGGAGGUGUGCCCCAAUACUUUUGGCAAUAUAGUGUAUAUAGUCCACCGCUGUUUUAAAAAAUGUAUGCAUCAUAAACCUUUUUAAAUUAUAUUAUGCAAGAUACAUUUCUAUCAACUGUAAAUGUGUGUUAUUUAUAAUAAUAUUGUGAAUUGUUAUAUAUAUUAUAUGCUAUGUAAAUCUAAUGUAAAUAGACAUAAAAUAUGUAAAUAUGUACAGAGUAAUAAAACUGUAAGCUGUG